GAUCUCUGUCCUAUUGGUGUGAUGGCCUUCUCCUUUCUGGCUUUCCUGAUCUUAUCUAUCCACACCCUCCCAUCCAUUGGCUGCCCAGUGGGAUGUCGCUGCUACAGCUUGACUGUAGAGUGUGGCUCUAUGGGCCUUCGGGACAUCCCUUCACAUGUCCCACCUUCCACACAGGUUAGCCAUGAUGACUCAAUAUGUCUACCACAUACAUAUGUUUCCCAGAACCACACACACAUAGGCUCCCACCCCCCACACAAUAUAGCCAGUCUUGAAUCAUCCAUACACUCAGACAUACCUUAUUUUCUUAGAGAGUUUACAGAUGGUGUUAUGCUUUCCCCUCCUCAUUGUUGAUCAUUGUAUUCUGUCCUUCUGUUCAUCUAUUCCAUUUAGACCAUCUUCCUCCAGGACAAUGCUAUCGGGCAGAUCCAUCUAUCUGACCUCUCCCAGCUGGGCCGUCUGCACUGCCUGUAUCUGCAAAACAACAGUAUCUCAGCCCUGGAGCCUGGGGCCUUCCAGAGCCAGGGUAAUCUUCUAGAGCUGGCCCUCAAUGGGAACCGCAUCCACCUGGUUACAGGAGACAUGUUCAGGGGCCUGGAAAACCUCCGUAUCCUCUACCUGGCAGGAAAUGACAUCACUCGCCUACAGGACUAUACCUUCAGAGGCCUACAGGUCAGUUCCCAUAUUAUCAGUCACUCAUGUGAAUGUUUUGCUAAAUCAAUACUUUUCUUUACUGUUCGCCUCCUCCCUUGUAAACAGACCAUGUUUGUCCAAAUAGUUGUCUAGAGUUCCACCACAACACAACAAUCGACGCUUCAAUGUCAAUGACUUCCUCUACAUUAUAUCACUAUUCAUUACUAAUAAUGAUUACAAUCCCUGUUUCCAUAGCGUCUUCAAGAGCUUCACCUGCAGCAAAAUAACAUUGAGAUGCUGGGAGACCAGGCUCUAGUUGGUCUGUCCUCUCUGGCCCUCCUUGACCUCAGCCGGAAUAACCUGCACACCAUCGGCCCUGCCACCCUGCGGCCCCUCGUCAGCCUGCAGGUACUGCGUGUCACAGGUAAGGGGAGCGCCAAGGGAGAGGACAUAGGGUGGGGCUGUGGAACCAUAAAAGAAGCAUACAGUAAAUAUACUGCUCUUGUUCUUAAGCUAGAAUGACCUCCUGACUAUCUUAAUUGUGUCAUUGUCCUGUCACAUCCUUUUUCAUCCUCCUAUGUUGACUUGGCCACACCCACUCAUCACAUGAUCAUUUCCUACUGUAGACAAUCCGUGGCGUUGCGACUGUGCCCUGCACUGGCUGCGCAGCUGGAUCGAUGAGGAGGGCCAGCGCCUGCUGAGCUCGGCCGAGAGGCGCUUGGUGUGUUCCGAGCCGCCCCGCCUUUCCCACCUCAGCUUGGUGGAGGUGCCUCUCAACAGUCUGGUGUGUAUCCCCCCUCUGGUGCAGCUGGAGCCACGCCGCCUGGCCGUGCGCCUGGGUGAGAGCCUACGUGUCUCCUGCCAUGCCUCUGGUUACCCCCGGCCACAGGUCACCUGGAGGAAGGCGUCCCAGGGCAAGUUGCAACUCUCCCCGCGGGGGCUGGUGCAGGACCUGGGCAGUGUAGGGAGCGUGGGGGCUGAGGAUGCAACACACCCAGGGCGGGUGAGACUCCAUAAGGAGGAUGGGGAGCGCUUCGAUCCAGACACGGGCAGUGGGAUGCUUUUCCUCAGCAAUGUGACGGUGGCUCACGCCGGGCUGUAUGAGUGCGAGGCCUGGAACGCUGGAGGGGUGGCCCAUGUGACCUUUCAGCUAGGAAUCAAUUCCUCAUCCUCUUCCGGUUGGUCCCCCGCCUCCUACGCCCCAUCCUGGCCUCGUCUGCGUUCCAAUCGGCCAACAUCGUCAGAUGUGAGGCGAGAGCCCCUGUACGCCCUUGGCAGCAUGGCCUUCAGCACGCUGGGAGCUGCUACGCAGACUGCCAUCGCCAUAGGGAUCUCCCUGCUGGCCCUCACUGCCCUUCUCCUGGUGGCCAUGAUCUACAGCCGGCACCGCCAGCGGCAGAAGGACACAGAUGACAAGGAGGAAAGCAUACUGUAUGUCAAUGAUUACUCAGAUGGACCAACAACCUUUGCCCAGCUGGAGGAGUACCGCGAUGAGCGCGGGCAUGAGAUGUAUGUUCUUAACCGUGCUAAACCCGUCAUCCCACCUUCCACCACAGCUGCUACCACUAUCCUGGGGUACCAACAGCAGGAGGCGCUGUCUCCCACAAAGCCCCAGAUGGAGCCCGAUAUACGGACAAUGAGAAGGAUGGCAGGGGAGGGCGGGGAGGCAGAGACGGUGACAGCCGAGUCGGAGGGCUUGUUUCUGAAUCACACAGGGUUGUUCCUCGACUCACAAUUUGCAUAUGAGAUCCAACUGCUGAAGGCUCCCAGGAGGACGUUCACAGUGAGCUAUCCCUGA